UGGUAAACAACAUGGCGGCUAAAGGACGGAUAAAAUUAAAAGUGUAUCUAGAUGAAAAUGGCUUUGCAUCAGAAGUAUUCAUUUCUCCAACUACAAAAUGUAAAGAUAUUGUACAAAGACUCCAGAGAAAGAUUAGAAAAUCAAAUUGCUGCCUUGUAGAAGUCUGGCAGGGAUGUGAACGUCUUGUCCCUGAAGAUGAAGUUAUUCAUAAUACAUUGCUAGAAUGGGAUACAGACUUAGAUGAAGUCAUAUUCUUUUUGAGACCUAAUGAAGAAGACAUCCCACCUCGCAUACUUGAAUCAGAUGAUCUUCAAAUUAUUGAGGAGGAUCUACCACUUCCUCCCCCUCCAGAUCCUAGUCUCUUGGUGAUUCACAAUGAUUUAAGUCUCAGUAACACCAAUUCUCUGUCACCUGGAAGGAAUGGAUUGUCAUUGGAAGAGCUCCAGCAGUUAGCAUCAAGACAACAGCAAGAAAUUGCACUCAAAGAAGGGCAGUUAGCUGACAAGGAACAACAGCUAAGAGAACUGAAGCAACAGACACGUCAAAAAAUCAAAAGCUCGUAUGUUGACCAGCUUGAGGCUCAAAUACAAGAACAAGACAGAAAGAUGAGACAUCUAAGACAACUACAAGAUCAAAUUGAAGAGUAUAGGAUUAGCAAUAGUGCUCUGGAUGCAGAACUUCAGUCCAUGGAGGUUCAUUUCAAUAGUAAAGAACAUGAACUUGCAAUAGCAGCUGCUAAAGUUGAUGGUCUGACAGAACAAUUAAAUCAUCAGCGAGAGAAGUGGAAUAAACAGAAAAACAUGAAACAAACAGACAAAGACGAGAAGGAACUGAACAGACUUCAACAGGAGUUAAUGACUAGAAAUGAACUAAACCACCAACAAAGUGUUCAGCUUCAAGCACAAAAGAAACUUCUUGCUGAAAAGCACAAAGAACUCUUUAACCUUGAUUCACAAAUUGAUCAGCUCACAGAGGAGCUUAGAAAUAAGAAAUCCCAGAGUUCAAUGCCUGCUCACUCUCAUCCCAUGUACAAUGGCUCCAUUGAAUACCAUGACAACGACAGUGGAUUGUGGGAAAAUGGAGAAUCUUUUGACUGGAGUGAGUUCACAAAUGCUGAAGACAAAUAUGAUGAGGAGGUGUUUACAAACUACAAUGGCUCAGAUUUAAAUGUGCAUGCUAACACUCGCCAGGAAAAUUCAAGACAACUUGAAACUUUAGUGGAGGUAGAUGAAACCUCCUCAGUCACUUACAGCAAGGCUUCAUCUGCUGAUGGUAGUAGUAAUGGUGAUCCUUUAUCACCUCCUUCUGGUCCCGCAACACGUGUCUCCAAGCUAGCUUCCUUUUUUGAAGGUGAAACUACAGUUCAGAGUCCAACCAGCAGGAAAGAUCAGCCGGUUAAAAACACUACUGAUAGUCAUCUUCCAGGAAGAGGUGAACGAACAGGUUCAAAGAAUCAACAUGCACCAGUUGAUGGUGUAUUUAACUCACGAACGUUUAGUUCCUCUCCACUUAGUUCUCCUUCUUCAUUAUCCUCCCUGUCUUCAUUUUCAUCAUCAUCUUCCAUCAGUAAGAGUUUGGUCAAAAGUGAAGACUAUCGAGCACCAGAAAAUGCUCUGAAAUUCAGAGAGGUGAAGACGCAAGGAACAGAAACUUUUGCAGUUCCAACAUUUCAAGAAAAACCACGCACUCUCUACGAAGCUAGAGUGUAUGACUAUUCCAAAAACAAUGAUAAGAGAACUGUUCCUUCACCAACUGUUGUAAAAAAUGCACAAACAACAAUGCACUUAGACAGUAUUGAUGGAACAAGAAAUGUUUUAAGCCAAUCCCAAAGUAUAACAUCUGGAGCAGCUUCAGUUGUUUCUGCUUCUCCAAUGGUCAGAGAUAUUUUAGCUGGAGAAGAAAUGAAACAAGAACGUCAUAGUUUACCAGCAAGUGAUARUAAAUUAAAUGAAAACCUUUCAGGCCAACAUACUUCACUUGAUAAAAAUUUUCAACCUUUAGAUGACCACUACAGAACAUCUCCAAGUGCCACAAGAAAAGAUAAUAGUGAUUCAAGUCUUAAUAAUCAAUCUAAAGUAUCGAAAGUAAAGAUAACUUUAGUAUCAUCAGGAAAGAUUCCAGUCUUUGAAAAUAAAGAAGAGCCGUGUAAAGACAAUGAAACAAAUACAAAUAAUACACCAAAAAGUCCUGCUAAUGACAUGAGACCUAGAGAGAUAAUUAAACCUCCUAAACUUUUGAAUGAUGAAAACAAACCAGUAAAAGAUUCUGAGACUUUAAAAACUCAUUCAGCAUCACCAAGAAGCCCUAAUAAAAACACACUUGAGAGCAUAGAUGGGAUUAAAAGUGGAGAAGGAAAGCGCACAGCUAAAGUUCGACCUGUUGACUCUUUCAACGCCAAGAAAGUUCCUGUCACAUUUUCAUCAAAUAAUGGGAAAAAAGACGAUGCUAAAUCCCAAAAAGAUGAAUCCAUGACAUAUAGUACUAGACAGAUUAAUAGAGGAAGAGAAGGUCAAAAUAGCAAUAGAUUUGUUCAAGGAUCUUCUAGACAAGUUGGCCUCAUUGCUAACAAGGAUAGGGCAACAGACAAGAAGAAACUUCGGCAUGUCAGUCUGGAUCCUCAUGCUGUCCUUCUUGAUGCUGCUGUGGAAGGUGAACUGGAGCAAGUUAAACGGGUCAUCAGAGAUGUUGACGACCCAAGUCUAGCAAAUAGUGAUGGAAUAACAGCAUUGCAUAAUGCAGUUUGCGGGAAUCAUGAAGAGGUGGUACAAUUCCUAGUUGAGUAUGGUUGUGAUGUCAAUCUUCCUGAUUCACAUGGAUGGACCCCACUGCAUUGUGCUGCUGCGAAUAAUGACAUCAUCAUUGUACAGUAUUUGGUGGAAAAUGGCGCUUGUAUCUUUGCUACAACAGGGUUGCAUUACAAAACUCCAGUUCAGUGCUGUGAGAAAAGCCUUCCUGGUUUUAAAGAAUGUGUUGCUUAUCUCGAAGACCUCCAAACAAACUUUGGUGUCUCCAAUCAAGGCAAGGUGUAUGCACUUUACGCAUAUGCUGCCACAGAGGACGAUGAGCUGAGUUUUACUUGUGGAGAGGAACUUCAUGUGUUAAGAAGAGGUGACAACACAGAGAAGGAAUGGUGGUGGGCUAGGAACUCAUCAGGGCAGUUGGGAUACAUACCAAGAAACCUCUUUGGGAUGUCGCCUAGAGUUGCACCUGAAGUCUAACAUUCCUCAGCCAUAUUCUGUUUGUCUUUUAAAUAUUUAAAAUUAUAGAAUAUAUUAGAAUAGCAAGACAGAAUAAUAUUAGAUUAAUAUUCUUGCAUGGUAGAUUUUUUWAAUUUAUUAUACAGAAUACAAAGAGGUGAAUGUGAAGUGUGAAACUACUUUCAGUUAYGAGUAUACAGGAAAGGAUUAAUCAAAAGGCACUUGUCAAUCAUYGAGUGCUUCCUGUAAGUGGAAUAGGUGUUUGUAAAUACAUGCUGACUCAUAAUUCAAUGGAAUCAUGUGCCAGCCAUCUAUAGUAGAAGUAAAAUUGGAGUUAAACAAUUUAUUAAUAUAUUGUCUUUAACAAGACAGUAUUGUUACCACAAGGAAGUCGGGGCUAGCGAGGAAUACUACUGCCAAGUUCUGUGUUUGGAUAUUUUGGUUUCAUAAGCGUUUACUUCRUUUUCACUUCAUUGAGUGUUAAUUGCAUGACAUUCAUGUAAUUUUAUCUUUUUAUAAGUUAAAGCAUGAUACAAAUAAGUAAAUUAUUUAUUUAUUAAUAAUAUAUUAUGUGUAUUGUAAAUAUCCAGCAUGAAAUGUUUUGAAAUUUCUUUUUAAUAAUUUAUUAUCAAGUAGAGUGUAACUAACUUGAAAAGGUAGCCCUGAGUGUUUCAAAUUAUUUAAUCUCAUUCUUUUUUUUAGUUUUGAUGACAAUAUAAUAAUACCUUUUGUUWAAACAAGUGUGAUGUACAUGUCAGAGAAUGACCUGGAUGUCUAAUGACAAUAAAAGAUUUGUUUACUGGAG